UCCCCUCUGACCCGGUGUCUAGUUUCUCCGUCUUCCUGUUCCAAACCACGUGGACACGUCGGGGGCUGCGGGUCCGCGCCGGAGGGAACCCCGGUUGCCGCCGCCGCCGCCGUCGUCCGCCCCCGCCGCGACCCCGCGACCCCGCUCCGGUCUGUCUGAAGUGGCCGCGCCCCGGGCGCCCACGCCUUGGCGCGGGGCGCGCACAUGGCGACUCCAGCGCACUCGCUCAGCUACGCGGGCUGCAACUUCUUGCGCCAGCGUCUGGUCCUGUCGACUCUGAGCGGGCGCCCGGUCAAAAUCCGAAAGAUCCGGGCCAGAGACGACAACCCGGGCCUCCGAGAUUUUGAAGCCAGCUUCAUAAGGCUUUUGGACAAAAUAACAAAUGGUUCUCGAAUUGAAAUAAAUCAAACAGGGACAACCUUAUAUUACCAGCCUGGCCUCCUGUAUGGUGGAUCCGUGGAGCAUGACUGCAGUGUCCUUCGUGGCAUUGGCUAUUACCUGGAGAGCCUUCUUUGCCUGGCUCCAUUUAUGAAGCACCCAUUAAGGAUAGUCCUUCGAGGAGUGACCAAUGACCAGGUUGACCCCUCGGUUGAUGUUCUUAAGACAACGGCCCUCCCUGUUUUGAAACAGUUUGGAAUUGAUGGUGAAUCACUUGAGCUAAAGAUUGUGCGUCGGGGAAUGCCUCCUGGAGGAGGAGGAGAAGUGAUUUUCUCGUGUCCCAUAAGGAAGGUCCUGAAACCCAUUCAGCUCACAGAUCCAGGAAAAAUCAAACGUAUCAGAGGAAUGGCGUACUCCGUCCGUGUUUCACCUCAGAUGGCGAACCGGAUUGUGGAUUCUGCAAGGAGCAUCCUCAAUAAGUUUAUACCUGACAUCUACAUUUACACAGACCACAUGAAAGGAAUCAACUCUGGGAAGUCUCCAGGCUUUGGAUUGUCACUGGUUGCCGAGACCAUCAAUGGCACCUUCCUCGGUGCUGAGCUGACCUCCAACCCCCAGGGCCAGGGAGUGGCGGUGCUUCCAGAGGACCUGGGCAGGAACUGUGCCAAGCUGCUGCUUGAAGAAAUCUACAGGGGUGGAUGCGUGGACUCGACCAACCAAAGCCUGGCCCUGUUGUUCAUGACCCUUGGACAGCAGGACGUUUCCAAAGUCCUGCUAGGACCGCUCUCUCCCUACACAAACCACCACCUAGCCCAAGAUCAUGAAGAUUUACUUCUGUUUUCUUCUGAUAGAAUUUUUGCGGCAUUUGAAGAGCUUUUUCCAGAUUAUGUUUAAAAUCGAAACCAAGCCAUGUGGUGAAGAACGCAAGGGCGGGGAUAAAGUGCUGAUGACCUGUGUUGGCAUUGGCUUCUCCAACCUUAGCAAGACCCUCAAGUGAUACUGUCACAGGAUAAAAGGCCCCAACGCCUACAGACAAGCAGAAGCUGCCAAGGAGCCAGAGGGACUAAGUCCAAACAGGGCAGGAUAGCCUUGGAUAUUAAGGCCUUUCUUCAUUUUCCAUUUAAAAACAAUCAGAAAUGCAAAUUAAAGACAUAUUUAUAUCAUGUGGUUUCCAGCCAUUUCUCCAGUGGUAUUGCCAUUCCUCAGGAGGCCUGUCAUGAUAUGCUCCCUUUGAUUGCCUGGACAAAGAACAGACCUUCAGGACACAGUCACGCUGCUAGACCAUCGUCACAGCUCCAUGUCAACAGUGCUUCCUCAGCCCGCACCCCUGGGCUCCUGUCGUGUGGCCAUUUUCCAAGCCGGUGGCAUCUGUUACUGUCCUUUCUGCAAGGACUGACCUCUUUGAAACUUGGUUUCUGUGUAGGGAUUAAUUGAGACAACCACAGUGGAAACUCUAUGAGUAAUGCAGUGUUAUGCAAGUUUCAG